AUGAUAACAAAUGAUAAUGUUAACUCGAGAUCAUAUGAUCCUCCAAUCAUUCCUGAUGCUUCUUAAAUAUUGGAAGAAUCCUAGUUCAUCAAUAUCUCAUAAAAGCAUCUUCUUUUUCCAAAUAGUCCUUUUUAGAUUGUCAAACCUUGGGAUGUAGGUGAUUGUGAAUUUCCAUUCGAUUAAUAAGUUCUACCUAUGAUGUUUGAAAAUUGUUAAUCAGAAUAAUUAUCCCCAAAACAAGAAAUAAGGAAACCCUCCAAAAAUUCGAAUCUACAAUUUGCUACGCCAUAAAAAGUGCAGCCAUAUAGAAGGUAACUAAUUCAAUUAAAAUAAGUAGAUAUCAAUCAGAAAGAGUUGAACGAAGAACUUAUAAUUAUGAAUAGUAAAAUUAACCUAUGAGAAGCCAAAAGGGUAUAUAUGGACAAAUAAUUAAGCAUAGGACUUAGACACUUGUCAAUUAAGGUCAAAGAAAUAGUGUUUGAAUUGAGAUCUACUUCCUAUAAAGAUGUAGCAGAGAGAUUAAUUUAAGAGCUAAGUAAAGAAGAAGGUAGAUUAUUAGAUUAUGAUAAUGUAUGAUAAUAAUAAAUUAGAGUCUAAAGAUGAAUAAAAUAUUAAGCGUAGAGUUUAUGAUGCUUUGAAUGUAAUGAUUGCAUCCAAAGUAUUGAGAAAAGAAGGUAAAAAAGUUAAAUCAGAUGUCUAUUCAGAAUUGUCUGGAAAAAUCAAACUCUAAGAUAGAGAUACAUAAAAAGAAAAACUUGUAAGUUAAAAAUCUAUUUUCAAGAUUCGAAAAUAAAAACUUCUCUAAGGAAAGAAAAAACAUUUAGCAGAUCUCAUUAAAAAAUGGAAAACAGCAAAUUCUCUUGUAGAAAGAAAUAAAAACUUACAAAAUUAAUUUUAAUAAUCUUUUUACUUUCCAUUAAUAAUAUUUUAUGCUGAUCAAAAACAUCCAAAAUUUCUGAAAGAUAAAAAGUCUCUAAAAAUUUAAAUGAAAAAUAAAUUAGAUAUUCUUUCAGAUCUAGAUAUUGCAAAAGAAUUAUUUCUGUAUUAAUUAUGAUAUUAUCAUAGUGAAAAUGUUGACAAUGAUAAAAUAUUAGAAGAAUGCUUAAAAUUGUAAUGA